AUCUUUGGAGCUGUGGUUGCUGUGGUCCCAGCGACUGGCGACUGUGGCGACUCCACUGAGCCUGCACCAGGGUCCCAGGGUGGUAUGGUGGCUGUAGCCACUGUAGCUGUAGCCCUGGCCUGCACUGAGCGAGCGACUCAGUCUGCGUGAGCCUGACUCAGUCCUCCAGUGACUCCAGCCGUUCCAGCAACGUGGGCGGCGUCCGUCGCUCACGAUCGCUGACCGCCGUUUGUCUCCCGGCAACUCCCAGUCCCCCUUCAUAUCACCAACGCCUCCGUUGAUAUCACACGGCUGCCACAACGACGUCCCCGCAGUCCGGGCUUCUACGAAUUACUUCAAGUCGGGGGCCAUUUUUUUAGUGACGAGACCACGACCCGGUCGUAGGUCGUGGACGAGACAUCUUUGGAAGGGACUGCACAUCCGGAUCAUCACAAUGGAGCAUGGCUCCCGUUCGUGGCACCCAAGGCAUGGACUGUCCAGCCGACCCACAGGCUUCAAGCCCCACCAAACCACAAACCCUGGCUACCCAGCUGAUAAUCCACCCAGAACCAGGGGCCGAAACCACCGUCUCUAUGCCUUGCACCUGCAGCACAACUGCCCAGAUCUUCCACCCGUCGACGACCUGGUCACUCGGCUCCAGAGACUGCAGGACCAGUUCCAGAGACACGGCGUGGACAUGCAGGCACCAUGCACCCACGGAGACCCUAAGGGCUGUUGGAUUCUCUAUGAGGCAACUGCCUUCAACGCUGUCCUACAGCAUGUAGAAAUUGAGAUUAAGGAGGUCGAGCCCAAGCGUCUGGCCAUUAGCUCUCUGGAGACCCUUGUAUUUGUCAACCUGAGAGACUCCUGGGUCUUUGAUGCGUGCAUUCUCUUCCACCUCCUGCUCAAGGGCCAUAGGUGCAUCAAGACUGCCGACUUCUCCAACAGCGCACUGGCGCAGGGGUACCCGACGGUGCUGAGUGACGCACUCUCCUGCAACCGGGGUCUGUGUCACCUGAAGCUUUCUUGCUGGGAACUGUCUAUGAAAGCACAGCACGCAUUGGCCUACGCCCUAUGCAAAAUGACCACACUGGAGACACUGAGCGCCGACAGGUUGAUCGUCCAGCCGCAGCUGGCCGCACGUCUCGCGGACAUGUUUGCUCGAAGUCGGACUCUGAGGACUGUCGAGUUACUGGAGAAUGAUAUGUCUCCUACGGCAGCGGACAAAGUGAUGCAAGGACUCUGCAAGAACUUGAAGCUCCGGGUCCUGAGGUCCACGGACAAUUCGCUUGGCGACAUUGGUGCAGAGGCAAUCGGGAAGUUGCUUGGCAACGGGUUGUCCGAACUAGAGGAACUUUCACUCAAGAGCAUAGAGAACUUCAGUGAGACGCAGGUCGUUUCUAUCGUUGCGCCUAUUGCCAUCAACCAUAGCCUGCGAACGCUUGUGCUGCACGCGUGCUGCCUGACACCGGUUUCUGGUGCCGCACUGAUGGACGCACUUGCCGCCAACAACACUCUGACAACGUUAAGCCUUGUUGCCUGCAACGUGGGCCACGGCAUCGCUAGGGCCUUCGCAAACCUGCUUGAAGUCAACACUUCGCUGCAGGACAUCGACCUGAAGCACAACCGCUUCGACGAUGUAACCACCAUGGCACUGGCACGGUCGCUCACAUUCAACCAAACCCUGCGGCGACUCAACCUUGAACGGAACGACAUCGGAGCGGAAGGCGUCAUCCUUCUGGUUGAUGCCCUCACCAGAAACGACACCCUAACUGAGCUGAUGCUGGGUUACGUUGACAUCGACGACGACGCUAUUCCUGACCUGUCGCGGUCGCUGCAGCGUGCCGCUGUCUAUGACCGUGUGCGGCUGAGCUAUGACGCCCACGGGGUCUUUGCUCUCUCAAGGAACAUUAAGAGCCACGCCAACCGGAUCACCUCUGUCCACCUUGAAUCAUUGGUGGACUUCGAUGCAAGCUGCCUGAAAGAACUGUUUGCAGCGCUCUGCAGCACCCCGUGCCUGGAGACGUUGUGCAUAGAGGUGGAGACUUGCAUCGAUGGCUCUGCGGCUCGUCGACUGUCCAGAAUGUUGGCGACCACCAAGACCCUGAAACGCGUCCUGCUGAACACGGCAAGUUCGGAGCCACUGGUGAUGGCCACUGUGAUGAACGGUCUCGGGGACAACCACAGCGUGACACACUUCGACGUCGAGUACGUCUCCAACAAGCCACCGAUCACACAGGCCUUCCUGGAUAUGCUACAAAAGAACACCACUUUGGUUCACUUCGGAACCAUUAACGCACCUAAGGAAGAGCUCGAGGUCAUCGCGCAGGGGAUGAGGGAGAACCGCGUCCUCACAUCCCUCCGAGUUUGGGACAAGUCCGAGUGUGCAGACGCCAUCUUCGCGGUGAACGAGGUUUUGAGGAGGAACGUGUCUCUCCUCAGCCGGGCCGUGGAGUUUGCCAUGGACCCUGGUGUCUUCGGAACGAAGCGGUUUCCGGCGGAGGUUUACGAGCAGCUGUGCUGCACGGAUUCCUUUGCUGCUCUCAUUGUCAAGGUUGCUGGGGCCAAGGCAGUGAAGCAGCUGAUGCUAAAUGCACGCCGGUACAUCACAGCGAACCUGUUUGCGAUUGCAGCCGUCUCGAAAGGCCCAGUCGUCUGCUGGCCCAGGAGGCGGCGCAACUGCACGCAGAUCGACUCCCUCAACUACGAGUGUUGGCUGAAGAUUUGCUCCUACUUGAAAGUAACCGACAUCAAGCAGAGGAGUGCAUACUAGUGCGGAGAGCGACGUUUCUUCUGUCGCAUGUGCGUUUGUGAAAAGCAAUCGUAAGCGGCGCAUUGCAUAUGUUGGCAUAAGAUGCCGCAAAGUCGUGCAUUUUGUGACACCAGAACGUUGAGUGGAUGUUUCCGCCACGAAAAAGAUUGAAGCAUCGUAGAGCUUAUUUGUUGGGAAUGCACAGCCAAUGAAAACAGGCUUUCAGUGAAAUGUAGUUUUGUGAAGAGACAAUACAUUUUUCUAUGCGAUUCAGUUAUUUAGAACUUGUUAAUCCCAACAUUUUCUAAGUUUGUGCGAUACACUUUGCCCUCUAGUCUUGUUAUUGAUGUCACAUUUUUAAUAUAAUGUCUGAUAAAACCUACUGAUGAAUGAUGUAUCAUAUUGUCCUUUGUCUACAUUUGUAGCUUGUAGAAUAAACAUUGCUCCAUUUU